UCCGGUUAAAAUUCCUGUUGUACAAAUAUGAUAGAUAAAUAUAGAGGGGAAACAAUGUAAACAAGCAAAGAAACUAUCUAAACUUGUCCGCUUAUCGUCAGGAGGCUAUCUUAGGUAUAUCCGAAAAUCUCCAGAUAUCCAAGAUGUUGGUGCCAAUUUUCAACCUUAAGAUCAACCACAAGGUUAACCCGCGUAUGGUCACCAUUGGAAAGUAUGACGGAAUCCAUUCCUCUCUCACAUGUGCUACAACAGCUGGAAAGGUACUGAUACAUAACCCCCACAAUAGGGGGAUGAAAGGAGGUCGGAUGGACAUCACAUCAGACGGAGAUCUCAACCUUUUAAGUGUCAACCAGCAGGUGUCAGCGGUGUCGGCCGGCCAGCUGAACCCUGAAAAGGAGAACGAUAUCCUGACAGUGGGGACACAAACAAACAUACUGGCUUAUGAUGUUGAAAAUAACAGUGAUCUCUUCUACAAAGAUACAGCUGACGGCUCAAACUGUCUUGUUGUUGGCCGGCUUGGCACCAUACCCGAUCCCAUGGCCAUUGUUGGAGGAAACUGUACACUUCAGGGUUACGACAUGGAGGGCAACGACAUAUUCUGGACGGUGACUGGCGACAACGUGUGUUCUCUGGCAUUGGUCGACUUCAGCAGUGACGGACAAAAUGAGCUUGUCGUUGGAUCAGAAGAUUUUGACAUCCGUGUCUUUAAAGAAGAUGAGAUUCUAGCGGAAAUGACCGAAACUGAGGCCAUCACCUGUUUGUGCCCCAUGAUGGAGAGCAGGUUUGGAUACACCCUGGCGAACGGCACAGUGGGCGUGUAUGACAGGUCGUCACGUUACUGGAGGAUCAAGUCUAAGAAUCAAGCUCUGGCAAUCCACAGCUUUGACCUCGACUCAGAUGGGGUGACCGAGCUGAUUACGGGCUGGAGUAACGGCAAGAUUGAUGUACGGAGCGACAGAACAGGAGAAGUGAUCUACAAAGACACGUUCAACCACCCAGUGGCAGGCAUUGUUCAGGGCGACUACCGUCUGGACGGCUCACAACAGCUGAUCUGCGUGUCCGCUGAAGGGGAAGUUAAGGGAUACAACCCGGCUCCAGUUGAAAUGAGAGGAAACCUGAUGGACGCUAACAUGGAACAAGAAACGAUCCGUGACCUUAGUCUUCGUAAACAGAACCUGAUGAUGGAGCUGAAAAACUAUGAUGAGAACACAAAGGCGGGAGCUGUGGCUGCUGCUGCCCUGGCAACCAAUGCGGCCUCCCGUGGCUACAGCAGCAGUAGCAGUGGUGGCAUUGGUGGAAGUGGUGGUAUGGGAGCAGCCGGACCAGGUGGCAUGAGUGGAGCGGGAGGUGGCGUGGGAGGCGCUGGAGGUGGCAUGGGUGGUGCAGGGGGCGGUGUGGGAAGUGCUGGAGGAAGCAUGGGUGGAGCUGGAGCUGGCGGAGGAGGCCCUGGAGGCAGCAUAGGUGGAGCGGGAGGUGCUGGAGGAGGCAUGGGUGGAGCGGGAGGUGGCAUGGGAGGUACUGGAGGACCAGGAAGUGUUGGAGGAGGUGGCCCAGGGGGGCAAGGAGGAGUUGGAGAAGGUGGUGGGUACGGAGGGGGUGGAGGUGUGGGAAGUGUUGCAGCCAGAUUCUCAGCUGAAAGACCAUUCCCUCCUGGAGAAUAUGAUGCUCAGAAAAUGGGAGUUAUUCCUGCGGCCACUCAGCUUCAAACAACGCUGAGGGUUAACACGGGCGAAGAGGGCAAACCACCGCAUGUAGAAUUAUUCAUAGGAACAACAAACGACACUGCCAUCAAAGCGGUAUUGAUAUUUGCUGAAGGAAUUUUUGAAGGAGAAAGUCAUGUUAUACAUCCUGCUUCCGCCCAGCUGUCAAACAGCGUGAAGGUUUCGAUCCAGCCCCCUAAAGAUGUACCAGUUGACCUCCACAUCAAGGCUUUUGUCGGCUACAAGUCCAGCAUCCAGUUCCACGUUUUUGAGCUGACGCGCCAGUUGCCAAGAUUCUCAAUGUACACACCAAUAAAGAACAACCCAGACCAGGAGCCGAAGAGUUCCUGUACAUUCACGGUCAAUGACCGCGUGGCCAGGGUGUUGCUGUGGAUAAACCAGAACUUCCUAUUACAAGAUGACCUUACCUGUGAGGGGUCAAACCUUCACUUCAGCUUCCUGUCUCUGAGGGGUUCCGGUCCCCUGGUAAUUAAGAUGGAAUCCUCUGGCCAGCAUAUUGAGCCACAACAAGUCACACUUUUAACCGAUGACAUGGAUACCGCUGGAGAUGUGAUACAGAAUCUGGCUAACUUCCUAAACAUGGAAGAUCUACAGGUGACUGCUGACUUCCCCGCUGAGAUGGAAAACCUGAAGGAAGUCCUACUCAAGGUGGACGAGUAUAAUAUAGUGAGACAGAAACUGACUGCAGAAAUGGCUGACCACUCCAACCUCAUCAGGAGUAUGGUGGUCCGGGCAGAAGAUGCAAGACUUAUGGGUGACAUGAAGAAUAUGAGGAAGGGCUACAUGGAACUGUUCAAUAUGAACCGAGACCUCAUCAAUGGUUACAAGAUCCGGUGUGGAAACCACCAGGAGUUGUUAGCUUCUCUCAAACAGGUCAACCAGGUCAUACAGAAGGCUGGGCGACUCAGAGUUGGCCGGUUCAAGACACAGGUUGUGAACGGAUGUAGAGGGGCAAUCAAAACCAAUAAUGUCAGCUCGCUGUUUAAAAUUAUCAAGACUGGAGCUUCAUGAUAGUGGCUACACCAAGUUUAAAUGACUUUUACUGCAUUCCGUCCUGAAAUAUGUGCAUAAUUUAUCAUUCCCAGGAAUAACAAACUUUGGGCACCACCAGAUCUAUUGGGAUCACAGGUACCAUACUUUGUUCGUUAGGCACAGCUUCAACCUGUCUUAAGAGUCAACUGUACUGAAGUACCUCCUUAUGUUUGGACAAAAGAUUCGGUCUCUUUACAUUUGGCAAAAUUAGGGACCACAAAAAGACAUAUACACUACACUUCCUAACGUAUGUUCUUGACGAGUCUCUGUUAUACGCCUCUCAUAUGAUUUCAUAUCGUCUCUUUAUUGAUUAUCGUGUGUGAGUAAGUGAGGAGUACCAAGAGUUCUGCAGGAGAGGAUGUUACAAGUACUGUCAAGAUUUUGGCUAUGGCGAUCAUUAAAAAGCAUGUCAAUGAUUUCUGUACCAACUGGAAAACUGGAACUAUUAAUGAAUACUUUUUUAUGUGCAUGAUAAAAACUUAACAAAAUAGUUUCUGGGGGGAAAAAGAAAACACUCCCAUUAAUGGCUAGUGUGGGCCUGUAUCCUUGAAACCGUUCUCAUGCUCAAGCAUGGAUUUUGUGCUCAGGCCGAAUUUCAUGUCCUGGUAAUAAAUUAAUAAACAAGACUUAAGGCCAAGUACUGUUUUCAAUGAUUACGUUUGACAUUUUGAUCGUUUGACAUGAUUUAAGCGAGUUACAAGAAAGUUUGUUUAAUUUGAGCACAGAAUCCAUGCU